GGCAGGGGGCUCGGAAACCAGACGGCGGAGCGGGUUCCCCGAGCCCCGGGGUCGGCUCCCUGCGUCCCGGCGCGGUGGUGGCGGAGGCGGCUGGCGCUCGGCUUUGUGGCGCGCGCGGGUUCCACCGGGUGUCGUGGAGGCGCAGGCACCGGGGGCACUCUGCCUGGCCGCGGGUGCCGCAUGGCAUGGCCAGCCCCGCGCGGUCCGGCUUCCCGGCGCGCACGAACAGCCGUCUGGACGCGUUCCUGCGGCGGCACCUGCCGCCCGAGGUCUACGACGCCGUCCGCGCCUACGAGCCGUGCAUCGUGGUGUCCGACGCCGAGAAGCACACGUUCAGGUACGUGGUGCUUAGCGACCGGCUCAUCUACCUGACGGAGAACCCGCCCAAGUCCAUCCGGAGGGUCGUGGCUCUGCGGGACGUCGUGGCCAUUGACCUGAUUGACGAUUACCCAGAAUUUUUGAAUUCUCCAGAUAGAGAAAUCAACCAGCACAUUCGUAUUGUCUACUCUUCAACGGUCUUGAAAAAAGAGUGUGGAAAACCCAGAGGUGUGGGGAAAUUCCUGUUUCCACUUCACCACAGCAAUGUGAACCAAAAAGUCAAGCAAGAGAAUAAUGGACCUACCUUUUGGAGAAGAAAAGACCCCAGGAGUCGGAACAAAUCCUUUCUCAGGUCCCACCAGGCGAACAGCAUGCCACUCAAGGACUCAACACCCUGUCCUUCAGACCUCAAGCAGCUGUCCCUUCCUGGCCAAGGCGCCUCUCGGCCUUUACCUACUCUUGCCAGGACUUUUCAGUCCCCGGCAGCUACUGGCGAGGCUGCCUGCUUGCCGCUGCCAAACACCGAACAGCAGGAGCCUCCAGAUUGCAAAGACACCCCAGGAGAAAUUCCCCUCAGGUUUGAUGGGAACAGAAAUGAGUGUCGCUUAAGAAAUUCUCUCCCAGCUUCUCCUUCGCACAGCAGCUCCAGCGUAGAGAAGGAGGAGUCGGAGCUCCACCUGUAUGUUAUUUCCGAAACCUCAUCAAUAUUUCUGCACUUAAAGAGUUCGUGGAACAACUACAUUAUAAGAGCUACUCUUUCACGAGACCCUCUGAGCUCCAGUGAACACGGUCACGUCAUCGCGAAUCCAAAGCCGUACAGAUCCGAGGAGAAAAUUAAGCACUUCAGCCAGCUUAAAUCUGAACUUUUUCUUCAAGACAACACUUUAAGUAAGAUACUGUGCUUAAUUACGGAACUUAGAGUAGCAGCCCAGAGAAAUUUCAUCCUGAAAAGACUUUUCUGGAAAACCAGUGAGCUUUUCUACUUCCUAGUGAACAAGCUUCAUGAGUAUUUGCCAGAGUCCAGGGAUAAGAGUGCUCUUCAAAAUAAAAGUCAAAGAGUCAACGAGCUGGUGGCAUGUAUUGAAAUUACACAGACCCUAGGACAGAUGUUCAGAGAAACAGAAGUUGAAUCAUCACGACUGAGCACGCUGGCAGCUAAGAAGGGAACACUGUUUAAUCUCUUAGUGAUUUUAGUGAGCAAGCCCAAGCUUCCAAAGUCUUGCUCCCCAUCGAAUGACCAGCCGCCGUGUGAUUCAACGUCAGCCGACAUCUCCUUCGAUGCUCAGUUACAGGCGCUCAUCCUGGAAUACACAGACACGGCGACAGCCCUGCUCUAUGAGAUCCUUCUUGUCUUUCAGCAGGGAAAUCUUGGCUUGGGAUCCACAAAGUUUGCUAUUAGCUGGAUGAUGUCCUUUCUACAAAGCUGCCCUCCCACGAUGGCUUUUGUGGCCAGCAUUGUGAAGCGGGUGGCGAAGGGGCUCUCGGCCUCGCUGCAGCUGCUGACUCCCUGCCAAGCGGUCCUGUUGUACCAGCAGUUCUACAUCCUCAAGAGCUGCUUGCAGUACAGCAAGGCUCUCGCCCAGGACAUCAGGAGCGACCACAGCGAAGAGUUCAGGUACUUCAUUCAUAUGCCAGCCUUGGAAAAGCGGCUCCCUGUGUGCUACCCUAUUACGGAGCCCACCACUCAGCUCUGUCACGAAGUUCUACAAUUGAUUGAACAGAAACAAUAUGCAAAAUUUUAGAGGAGAUGAAAUAUAAAGUGUUUAUUGAAGUCCAUAUUUACGAGAAACAGCCUUUUGACUUAUUUACUAUCUGGCUCUCCUUGAGAGAAUCUUGUAAAGCUUUUAGUUAAAUGUUCAUUAGCACCUCUUUAGGAAGCCUUAACUUUUUAAGUAACUGUGCCUAGGCUGAGAGCAUGCAGCUCAGUGGGAUAGCCCUCGCCUAGCAUCUGUGAAGACGUGGGUUCAAGAUCCUGCACAGGAAAAAUGGAACAAAAAGCUAAGCACCACAAACACCGUCUAAAUUUUUCUUGACAUGUGUAAAGUGGUGUGCCUCUCCAGAAUGAAAGAUUUCUCACAGAUGUGAAACACAGUACAGGGCACAGAAGCACAGAGCAGCUCGGUGUGCAGAAUCUAUCUGGUGGGCUCUGUUGGUGCAAUAAGGGUGAUUGGUAGAAGCCACUGGAACACCCACAGCUGGACGGUUGUAGGAAGUACAGACUACACAGUGAACUUGAGAGAGGUGCCCGGCAAUGCACGGCACCUUCUCCUUCACCUGGAAAUCUUCUACGGCUAGAGUAUCGGGGCAGCAAUGGGCAGGGGAGCAGUCACAGGUGCACAGGCCAAGAAGGGAAACAGGCUGGAGUUCCUGUGGCAGAGCACCUGCUUCCUGCCUGGGGGGUGGGCAGUCUGAGCAGUCCUGUGGAAGGGAGGCUACUCUUGAACUUCACGGCUCUCACAACCACUCACAAAGGGCUUCCACCACACUGUGUGGCCAUACACUAAUAGAGUCCCCAGAUCCUCCCUGUGAGCUGUUGGGUUUGGACGUCUAAGAACACCAGAACUGGGUUUUCUGUUCAGCAUAUGAUGGCCUGAGGAAGGACCAGAGGAAAGUCUCUGAAGAAAGUGCUCCCUGGCCAGCUUGGCCAGCGGCGGGCAGCGGAACCACAGCUGGGGACUUCACCGAGGAGGUUCUCUUAGGUUCUCUUAGGUUCUUGCCAUUAAUUUGUCCAGCAAUAUUUAAAUCAAUUAUUUUACAGUGACCAUUUUUUAAUACUAUAACAUUUGCAUAACUUUUGACUGAUUGUCCAAGACAUUUUUUUUAGAUUUAAUACUUAUACAGCUUUGUAAAUAUUCUAAAUAUAGACCUAUUUUAGCUGUCGAUGUAACUCAGAUGAUGGUAGGGCACUUGCCUAGCGUGUGGGAGGCCCUGGGUUCAGUGCCCAGCACCACACACUCACACACUCACACACACACACACACACACACACACACACACACACACACACAGUAAAAUCGGCUUCUAAAUAUGAGAUUUUGUGUUUAAAAUGUACCCAUGGAGACCCUUUUAGCUUCUCAAAUUGCUCCACGGAGAGACUGUAGGUGGGUGAGGAGGGAUCCUUCUCAUUUGUUCCCGAUCUCAGAUGCAUCAAGACGGUGCUCAUCUGCAGCCGCCUCCUCACUCCGCUCGGCUCCCCGCAGGCCGUCCUCGCAGCUCCAGUCCUGACUUAAUUCACCAGCGUCACAGGUCCCCCCCAUUUGCAAGGUCUUAUGUGCCUGUUUUAUUGUCAGCACAAUACUAAGUACACAGAGGCAGAGCCAUUGUAAGACUUUUCAGAAAAUCAUAAACGCAGGCCUGAGCUUUCAACUCAGAAACAGCCCGGUAUACCGUGACUUGCAAAAUAAUGUUUUGACACAUCGAUAAAAAUAUUUUUUGUCUGCAGAUUAUUUAUAAUAAAUUGUUAGUCUUA